UGAAAAAAAAUUAGAUCUAACAAACUUAGUAGAAUCUCUAGAGACUAGAUCUAGAUAGAUCCAGAUAAAAAUAUCUAUCUAGAAUCUAGAGAUACUAAUUAAUUACAAAAUUAAAUGUCUUUAACAACACCUGGAAAUACUGGUAUUCCAAAAAAGUCAUGGCAGCCACCCAACGUUACUAUCGAAACAACAAUGGGAAACAUUGUUGUAGAGUUAUAUUGGAAGCAUGCUCCUAAUACAUGUCGCAAUUUUGCUGAAUUAACAAGACGAGGCUAUUACAAUGGUAUCAAAUUCCACAGAAUUAUUAAAGAUUUUAUGAUUCAAGGUGGAGAUCCAACUGGAACUGGUAGAGGAGGUGCAUCUAUUUAUGGGAAAAAUUUUGAUGAUGAGAUAAAUGAGGACUUGAAACACACAGGUGCUGGAAUCCUUUCUAUGGCUAACAGCGGGCCGAAUACAAAUGGUAGCCAGUUUUUUAUUACCCUCGCCCCAACACAAUGGCUAGAUGGAAAGCAUACAAUAUUUGGCCGAGUUUCAUCUGGUAUCAAUGUUAUACAGCGCAUUGGUAUGGUGGAAACUGAUGAUGGAGAUAAACCUGUAGACCCUGUUAAAAUUCACAAAGCAUAUAUCUCACCAACAAUAUAAUCUUUGUCAUCCAUCAUUCAUUGUUGAUAUGUUUUUGUAGUUUAAUCAUUAAAAUGUAUUAAUUAUCCUCAA